UCUUAUAAAAAAUGCAAUUGAUUUCUAAAACAUGUUUGGGAAUUGAAAACUGCUAUUGAAAAUGUAGUUGCAAGAGUUCGUAUGUUUCCAAAUGGAUAGCAGGAUUUCUUUUUAUUUAUAUUUAUGCUCUAAAGUUUUUGUUUCUAAAAGCUGUCAAUUAUCACAAUUGUAUUCCUGAAAGUAAGACCUUGCUAAAGAGAUACCUUCCUUAAUUUUGCAGAGAAUUUUAGCUUCAUGUCAAGAUUAGAAAAAUUAUCUAUGAAUUCUCUCAGAUGCUGUGGCUCUGUUUUACGAAUUUUAGGUCCAGUUUGCAAUUUCCUGAUUUGGCACCCAAUUGAGAUGGAUUUUGAAUUAUGUUCUUAUUGUUGCCAUUCCUGAAGCAGUAAUAUAUCUUGUAGUGAGUUUUAAACAUAUUGUGUAUCAUUUGCCCACUUAAAAAGAAAAAAAAACUUAUAUGUGUCCUCCUCACACAUAAUUUCCAUAGAAUUUAAGGGAGUUCCCAAACAUUCUGAAAUCUAUCCAUGUACUCAAGGCUAAGAUCUUGUAGUGGGUAUUUGUAGAAUAAAGUUUAAAAAGAGCAAAGGUGUAGAACAAAAAAGGCUUUGCAUUCAAUUUCUUGCUAAAUUACUAAUGCAGCACUUCUCCACUUUGCUAUGAAUUUGUAAAGUUUGUAGAAAUAGAAAUUUCCUACAUCUCACCCAAGGUAUUCGAAUGGAUUAGAUUGGUUGUGUCAUGGGUAUUUAUCUUUAAAGAUUCACCAACUUUCUGACAGAAUUCUGGCGUUUAGAUAUAUAUCCCAAAUUCUUUCAUCUGAACCUCAAUUUUCUUCUCCAAAAGGUGGGGAUGGUAAUACUCCUUUCAAAGAGUUGUUGGAAAUAUUAAUAAGAAAAUUGUGUGCAUCUCCAAACAGUUUCUAGCACAUUGUCAGUGAUCAAUGAAUGUUAGCUUCUCUCUUGUCUUUUUCAUUCUUUCUGAUUGAUUCUAAUCACUAAUACUGACCAUUAUUUUUUUUUAACUCUUUUUGUCUAACUUUGACCAUAAGUGAGAAAUGAGGAAUCAUUCAGUGCAGACAGAGUUCGUCCUUUUGGGUCUAACUGAUGACCCUGUGUGGCAGAUUGUAAUUUUUCUCUCUCUGUCUGUUACCUACAUGUUGAGUGUGACUGGAAACUUAACCAUCAUUAUUCUCACUCUGCUGGAUUCCCACCUUAAGACACCAAUGUACUUCUUCCUACGCAAUUUCUCCUUUUUAGAAAUCUCCUUCACAACCUCUUGUAUUCCAAGGUUCCUGAAGAGCCUUGUGACAAAGGAUCGGACUAUUUCCUACAUGAGUUGUAUGGCUCAGUUAUUUUUCUAUUUCUUUUUGGGAGUAACUGAAUUUUACCUUCUGGCCGCCAUGUCCUAUGACCGUUAUGCAGCUAUAUGUAAACCUCUACAUUAUACCACUAUUAUGAGCAACAAAGUUUGCUACCAACUUGUACUCAGCUCCUGGGCAACUGGAUUCCUGCUCAUCUUUCCUCCAAUGAUCUUGGCCCUCAAGUUGGAAUUCUGUGAUUCAAAUGUCAUUGAUCAUUUUAUUUGUGACUCUCCUCCCAUCCUACAGAUCUCUUGUUCAGAUACACAUUUCCUAGAGCUCAUGUCUUUUCUCCUGGCUGUGGUGACACUGAUGGUCACAUUGACAUUAGUGAUUCUCUCCUAUGGCUCUAUCAUCAAGACAAUUCUCAAAUCCCCUUCUGCUCAGCAGAGGACCAAAGCCUUUUCUACCUGUUCUUCCCACAUGAUUGUAGUUUCCAUUUCUUAUGGAAGCUGCAUCUUCAUGUACAUAAAACCAUCAGCAAAUGGCAGAGUGACUCUAAGCAAAGGAGUAGCUGUGCUCCAUACCUCAGUUGCCCCCUUUAUUGAAUCCCUUCAUUUAUACCCUAAGGAACCAGCAAGUGAAACAGGCCUUUAA